CGAAAACCCACCCACGACUCUUGAUACGGCCGGUGCAGCGAUCAGGGUGGAAAUCACAACAUUCAAUUACAACCCAUUAGCGAAGAUCUUCUGGACAAGACCACAUUCAUGUGGAAACGGCAUAACCUGAAACAUAUCGUGUUUCUGUAUGUCUCUGCUCUGUCAACUAAUGUUUCAGAAAAUCUAGAUGACCUACCUCAACACGAUUUUCCGAUAUUCCUGCGAAAAAGCUCCGCCAUUGUUCCUCACUGGCGGUUUCCAGCGACCCUUGGCCUUCCCAAUCGUAUCGGGUUAUACUUGUUCAUUCGACUUAUAAACGUGCUUAGCGUUUUGGUCCAUGGGGAUUCGAAAUCCGCACAGAAUCUGGGCGAUGGUCGAAUCAUGGGGAUAUCGAUAAAGGGAGAGAAUAACCACAAGGCUCUGAAAAAAGCAUGACCCUCGGCCUAACCCUCGAAGACGUCAGCACAGCUGCUUUGCACGAUGAAGACUAAUGGCCCGACUGGUCGUUUCUCGGUAUAUAAUUCACGGGGAGGAUUAGCGAGCAUCCUUGGAGCUGGGAUUCUCUAA